AUGGAAAGCAGAAAUACCGUGCUUCCUUCUUUACCAAACAUUAUUACAGGUACUUCUAAUUCGCCUUUCCAACUGCAUACUUUGCCAAAUACAAACUUCCCUAGUGAUGACCAAGGUGACAUCAGGUUGCCACCAUUAGCUGCAUCUGCGCACAUUGUGAGACCAGUGGUAAAUAUUUAUAAAAGUCCUUGCGAUGAGGAAAGGCCAAAAAGGAAAAGUCCACAGGCUGUGGAUUUCUUAUCACAACGUGUAACCACUUCCAUGACGCCUUUAUCCAAGCCCAAGAAGCUGAGCUCUCAUUCACCAUUCACGCCAACGGUCAGAGUCUGUUCUAAAGAGCAGCCACCUCAGAGUAUGCACUCUUAUAAAAAAGUUAAUAUUCUUACUCCUCUAUCUGCUGCAAAGGCUGUUCUCACACCAACCACAAGAAAAGAAAAGAAAAGGUCAUUUGCCUUUAUUACACACUCACAGGAAACUUUUCCAAAGAAGGAGCCUAAGAUAGACAAUGCUCGGUUAGCUCGUCGGAAAAGAAGAAGAACUUCAUCAUAUGAGCUUGGGAUAUUGCAAACAGCAUUUGACGAAUGUCCCACGCCCAAUAAGGCUAAAAGGAUAGAGUUAUCCGAGCAAUGUAAUAUGUCCGAAAAAUCGGUUCAAAUAUGGUUUCAGAACAAAAGGCAGGCUGCUAAAAAGCACAAGAACAGUGGCAACACCAGCCAUUGCAAAGUUCACUCUAAUGAUUCGAUGUCUAUGAUAUCUUACUCAGACGCUGCGUUGGAAAUUACCUCUACGCCAACGAGUACGAAGGAGGCUAUUACUGCAGAGUUGCUGAAAACUUCACCUGCCAAUACGUCCUCGAUCUUCGAAGACCACCACAUAACGCCUUGCAAGCCCGGCGGACAGCUCAAGUUCCACAGGAAAUCUGUGCUUGUUAAGAGAACAUUAUCAAAUACCGGUCAUAGCGAGAUUAUCAAAAGUCCUAAAGGCAAGGAAAACCGCCUAAAGUUCAAUGCAUACGAAAGAAAACCCCUUGGGGAGGUCGAUCUCAAUUCUUUCAAAAACUAA